AUGUCAGAACCACUCGAGGGGGGCACACCAUCCGUAGCGCCGCCCACGGCGGACGCCAUGCACGUCGAUGUCAUCCCGACAGACGUAGGCACGGCGUCUGAGCCUAUGGCGACCGCGGUGACUUCACAUUCCGCUCGCGCUACCCCUGAGGGUACAUCGCGUGUGGGACGCGCGUUCCGCCAGGAAAUUCUCGAAGCGGAAGCGAAUCCAGACUUGUAUGGUCUUCGGCGUUCGGGGCGUGCGCCUGCGCGACGAUCGUAUGUCACGGACGAUAUAAGCGACGACGAUGAAGACGACAAUGUCCCCCAAGAGGAGGACGAGGAUGAAGAGGAGGACGACGACGAUGAUGACGAUGAUGACGACGAGGACUUUGGUGGUCGUCGUCGUUCUCGCACGCGUGCACCGGCGAAAGAAUCAGAAUGGGGCCCUGCUGUGCGCAUGUCCAGUCGCGCGACCAAGGUGACCAACUAUACCGACGACUACGCAGAUCUCGAUGACGAUGAUCCUUUUGAGGAUCACGCGGACGAAGUGCCUGUGAGUUAUGCAGAGCCUGCCGAAGAAGUCGAUCAGAUUGAGGGCGUCUUUGGCCAUGAACGUGAUGAAGCACACUUGGAUGAUCCCGAAGAUAUCCCUACCGAAAACAUGCGUUUCGUGAUCAAAUGGCGGGGCUACUCUCAUUUGCACGAUACGCACGAACUGUACGACUUCCUUCAGCGCUUCCCAGGGUUUAAACGCGUCACAAACUAUAUCAAGUCUGUGUGGCAGCCGAUGCAUGCGAUUGCCACUGAUCCAGAGGCUACGCGAGAAGACCUCGAAACGCUGCAAAUUCAGCGCGAGCGCCAACGUGAGCUUCUCGAGACCUAUCGAACCGUGGAGCGUGUCAUUGCGCAGCGCGAUAGCCCGGCGACCAAGGAGGUGCCGUAUACCCAUACUGAAUACCUGUGCAAAUUUAAGGGACUUGGCUAUGACAAAUGCUGGUGGGAGUCCGAGGAUGAAAUUGCUCCAAUGGCUCGCAACCAAAUUGAUGCAUACCUUGCCCGCGCAACCUCUGUCACAGUGCCGGCUCGCAGUGAGACGUUCUCGCGUGGUAGGCCAGAGUAUGUGCGGAUGACUGAGCAGCCCAAGUAUAUCGGCGCGCAUGGCACGCUUAAAGACUUCCAAAUGACGGGUCUCAACUGGCUGGCGUACCUAUGGAGCAAGAAUGAAAACGGCAUUCUCGCCGACGAGAUGGGUCUCGGUAAGACAGUGCAAACGGUGGCGUUCUUGUCGUACCUCUUCCACUCGUGCUACCAGUACGGUCCCUUUUUGGUCGUCGUACCGCUGUCGACGCUGCCUGCAUGGCUGGUGCAGUUUGAGCACUGGGCGCCUGAUAUGAAUGUGGUGGCGUACACGGGCAACUCGCAGUCGCGCGACAUGAUUCGUGCGUACGAAUUUGGCCCGCCACGCAAAAUGCGGCUAAAUGUGCUGCUCACGACGUACGAAUUCAUUCUGAAGGAUCGCGCCGAGUUGCAGUCGAUCAAGUGGCAGUACCUGGCUGUGGACGAGGCGCACCGUUUGAAAAAUGCUGAGUCGCAGCUGUAUGAGGCGCUGAACUCGUUCUCGUGUGCCGGCAAGCUGCUGAUUACCGGCACUCCGCUGCAAAACAAUGUUAAGGAGCUCAGUGCGCUCCUUCAUUUUCUGCGUCCGGACCAAUUUGACUUGGAGACGGACUUUGAUAUUGCCAAUGUUGACCAGGCCAAGAUCCAAGAAUUGCAUGAACGCUUGGAAAAUGUCAUGCUUCGUCGUCUCAAGCGCGAUGUCGUUAAGGAACUGCCUACGAAGUCGGAGCAGAUUCUGCGUGUGGAAAUGUCGGCUAUGCAGCAGCGCAUGUACAAAGCGAUUCUUACACGCAACUACUCGCUUCUCAGCGGCAGCAGUGCGACGCAGUUCUCGCUGCUGAACAUUGCGAUUGAGCUGAAAAAGGCGUCGAAUCAUCCCUAUCUCUUUGACGGUAUCGAGACGCCCACCGACUCGCGCGAAGAUACGCUGCGUGGCCUCAUUAUGCACAGCGGUAAGAUGGUGCUGCUUGACAAGCUCUUGGCACGUCUCAAGAAGGACGGGCAUCGUGUCUUGAUCUUUAGUCAGAUGGUACGCAUGCUUGAUAUCCUCUCCGACUAUCUCUCGCUGCGUGGCUACGUCCACCAACGUCUGGAUGGCACCGUAUCCUCUGAGACACGCAAGCGUGCGAUUGAGCAUUUCAAUGCCCCUAAUUCGCCGGACUUUUGUUUCCUUCUCUCGACCCGUGCUGGUGGCUUGGGUAUCAAUCUGGAAACAGCCGAUACGGUCAUUAUCUUUGACAGCGACUGGAACCCACAAAACGACUUACAGGCCAUGUCGCGUGCGCAUCGACUGAACUCCAAGUUCCACGUGAGCGUGUUCCGUUUCUUGACCAAGGGCACGGUGGAAGAGGAUGUGCUGGAACGUGCCAAGCAAAAGAUGGUGCUGGAGUAUGCCAUCAUCAAUCAAAUGGACACGUCAGGUACGAACUUUGCCCCGAAAUCCCUGAACAAGUCCACGCAAAACUUCAGCCGUGAAGAACUUGGUGCGAUCCUCAAGUUUGGCGCGCAAAGCAUCUUCAAAGGCGACGAAGACGGCCAGCAAAAGAAGCUUGACGAAAUGGACCUUGACGAAAUCCUGCAGCACGCCGAAGCACGUGAUACCGAGGCGGAUGGCAAUACAGCGUCGUCCGGUGGCCAAGCGUUCUUGCAGCAAUUUGCACAGGUCCAAGACUUUAAGGCGGACGACGUGAGUUGGGACGAUAUCAUUCCUGUGGAAGAUCGGAUCAAGGCCGAAGAAGAGGAGCGACAACGUGCCGUCGAAAAUGCGAUGGCUGCCAGCUCACGCCGCCGUGCUGCUGUGGCCUCCAGCGAAGCUGUGGCUCAUGCCGCCGCGGAAGAACAGGAGGCCGAUGUGAAGCCUAAAAGCAAGGCUACGCGCAAGACGUCCGGGCAGCGAUCGUUGGAGUUGAAGGAACGUGAUGUGCGUGUGCUUUUGCGAGGCAUUCAGCGCUGGGGUGACUUGCGAUACCGAUACGAUGUGAUUGUGGCUGAAGGCAAGCUGCAAGACAAGAAUCGGUCGGUGCUUAUGCAAGCGUCCAAGGACCUGGUCGAGCUGGCCGAAGAAAAGGUUGCAGAGCACCAAGCGUUCUUGCGUGGCAAGCAAGAGCGUGGCGAAGAAAUUUCGUCCGCGCUGCGUCAGCGUGCUGUGCUGAUCAACUACCGUGGGAUUGCGAAUAUUAACGCGGAGACAUUGCUCAUGCGCCAUUACGACUUGCAUCUCCUGGCCGAGGUUCUGGAAGCCGCGCCCGAUCCGCUGCAAUGGCGGAUCCCUGUGGACCACUUGAAGAGCACUCUCAAUUGGCACUGCGAAUGGGGCCACAAGGAAGACUCGAUGUUGCUCAUUGGCAUUUGGCGGCACGGCUUUGGGUCCUGGGAGCAGAUUGAGGCGGAUAAAGAUCUUGGGCUGGAUCACCAUUUCUUCCUGGAAGAAGGCAAGCGUGCCACCGAUGGGAAAGACGACGACGAUGCAGCGAAAGACGAGGCCACCAAGGCCAAGGCGGGGGCUGGCAAGUCUCGUCCGAUCCCCAAUGCCAUCCAUUUGGUCCGUCGUGGUGACUACCUUCUCAAAGUGCUGCAUGAUGCGAUGAACGGCAAAGACGAUGAGAAAGAAAAACCGAAAAAGAAGGCCCGGACGUCUUCCGCCUCUUCUUCCACGCAUACGCGCUCCGACAAAAGCAAGCGCCACGCAGCGCAGUACUCGUCGGACGAGUCGGAUGACGAUGGCUACGCGAGCAUGGACGAGCUGGAGUGCAAAGAAAUCAUGCGGCCUUGCAAGCGCCAACUCAAGACACUCAAGGACGACACAGAGCGUCUGGACCGCGAUCGCAAGAUUGCGACGCUCAAAGAGUGUCUCUCGGCCAUCGGCACACAUAUCGAUCAUGUGAUUGCAACGCGCUUUGCGGACCUCCCGAAAGCGCGCCAACAAAAAUGGUACGAGCAUCUCUGGGCCUUUUCCUCGUUCUUCUGGCCGAAGAAGGUCAAGCCUGAAAAACUGCGUGCCAUCUAUGCCAAGCUGACAGGCGCUGCGACCAAAGAGGAAAGGGAAAGCCAAGCCUCGGCGAAGCGCAAAUCCUCUUCGUCGGCUGCCGAGCAGUCUGCCACAGCGAAAAAGUUAUGUACAUCGCCAUAG